AUAUUAUAAUUGAAUAAUUAAAUCCUAUCGACUCGUUGAAUUUCGAAAGAAACGUAUCGAUCUUGCGCGAAUCGAUGAAAGAGGCGCGCGUCGUUUGUUCGAAUUUUGCUCGAAAGGGAUUUUCAAAGAUAACCUGAAAAAUGAAAAUAUGUGCGACAAGAAACGCAUUGCACAUUUACGGAAGAAGAAGAAGAAGAGGGAAGAGUUCGACGAGUUCGACACGGACGCAUCGUUCAUCUUGAAGAAAAGUCACUUCAAACACGUUAAAGGUUACCCCCGCGAGGAAUACGCCCCCGAAUGGCCCAAGCCUCUCCCCCACCUGUACCCGAAAGCGAACAAUUACUACGCGUUUCACGAGGACGCGAACCCGUUCACCAGAUUCUCCGACUCGUGUUUGUCGUCCAACGACCACGAGAACACUCCGCACUUCCCCCCCUCCGAGGAGCCGUACGCGAGUCGGGACCCGUAUCUGGACACCGACGCGAGAGCGAAAUACCUGGAGAAGGAGCCGACCUGUUUCGUGAUGCUCGGCAAACCCGACCUCAACACCAUGAAACUCGCGAGCAUGAUCGCCACCACGUGGAAAUGCAUACUGAUCUGCCCCGUUUACCUGAUCAAACUCGAGAUCGAGGAGGGUAGCGAGAAAGGCCGAUUGAUGGCUAACAUAUUGAAGCUGGGCGGUUACGUAGGCCCAGAUAUAAUCAUGAACCUGAUACUGAACCGUCUCAACAAACGGGACAUCCGUUACAAAGGUUACAUCGUGGAAGGGUUGCCGCUCAUCCCUAACAAGAAGCUCGACUACUCCUCCUAUCUGCCCAUGGACGAGGCGGCGAUCAACGAAGCGUACAGCAACGCCAUGAAAUAUUUCAACCCGUCGCUCGAGAUGACGUGCGGGGAGGCGAACCGCGGGGACUGGAAGGGUGGCGGGUGCGCGGUCGAGGCGAGUUACGAGGAGUUCGUCUCGAGCCAGAUCGAGGACAUAUUCUCCAACUGGCCGUUGAAACCGACCCUCAUCAUAUACCUAAUGUGCCCGGACGUGGACCACAUGAAGAAACGGAACCACUUCCGUUUGAAUCCGUUGAUCGGCCGUAUCAUCGACACGAGUUUCCUCGAGAUGACGGACAAGAUCCAAAUGUUGUUCAACCACGAGAAGACCAGACACUACUUGAACGCGAGCUACGAAUUGUACAAAGAGUUGAUGGACGAGGAGAGGAUAUUGGACGAGGAUCACGGCAAGUAUCUGUUGAAACGGAUGUCGGACGAGCCGUCCAACGUGAAGAUCCAAUGCGAGUUGUACAAACGUUUGUUCAUACCCGUCAUCGACAAACGCAUCCUGCUGCACAAUCCUCAGAACGUGAUCCGCCUCGACGGCCGCUCGCCCCUCGCGUUCAUGUUCCGCACCCUGAGCGCACGGUUGCGCACGUUGCCGGUGCGACGCGUCAUCCUGCCGUCGAGGAUGACGGAGAAGCUCGAGGAUGAGUCGUCGCCCGGGGACGAGUUCGAGGAGAGAUCGAACGAGGAGGCUUAUCGCGACUUGGCCAACAGGGAGACCGUCUCCCCGUUGUUCCCUUGGAGAUUGUCCACCUGGAAUUUCCUCUGCCCGGUCGAGUUGACCAGAGGAAGGACAAGGGUAGGGAGCCCUAGGCACAGCGUCCGUUUCAUGAACAAGAUAUUCUUCCUCUCGUCGAGCAAGGCGGUCGAUCUGUUCGUCGAGAAUCCGCGAACCUUUCUCCACCCGUUCUCCCCGCGGCCCACGUGCAGAGUCGUCGUGUUCGGCCCCGAUUACUCGGGCAAGUCCGACCUCUGCCGCCGGUUGGCCCGAGAGUUGAACGGGGUCGUGAUAAACGUGAAGGAGAUCAAGAGAUCCUGGAUCCCCUUCGAUCCAGAGGAGGAGCAGGAAGAGGAGGAGGAGGAGGAGCUGUAUCUGACGAGCGGCGUUUCGUUCAGGAACGAGGCGGACGCGAUUAUCAAACGGAUAAGAGAUAUACCCGGGGAGAGGAUCGACGAGAAGGUGUGGAGGAACGGUGGCUACGUGGUGGACGGCAUGUACCCGAGCGUCGACUCUUGGAACAUGAUACGGGAUUCGGGGAUCGUGUUCGAGGACGCGAUCCUCCUGGUCGACGAGGAGCCCUACGAUCACCUUACGUCCAAGUGGCGCGACAUCUUCGAGGUUAAAAACGAGACGUUCGAUCGUUCUAGAGAAGAGGAGGAGGAGGAGGAGGACGAGGAGGAGGAGUACAAGGAAGGACUGUUCGAAUACGUAAGGCGCGUGCAACAGUUUUACCUCGAUUGGAAGGCGAUGGAGGAGAUGGUCGCCGACAGUUGCGAGACGUUGAUCCCCUGCAACGUCGGGAAACUCGUCGACCCGUUCGCCCACGCGAUCCAACGGAUCAAGGAUCGUUACACGGACAAAGCUAGGAUCAUGACCGAGGAGGAGAAGGAGAGGGAGAAAUUUCUGGCCGAGUACGUGGGCAUGGCCGACGUGACCGUGGAUAUGGAAGAGGAAGAGGAGGAGGAGGAGGAGGUGGAGGGGGAGGGAAAGGAGGUGACGACAGGGGAGCAGAAGCAGAGCGGCAAUCUCCGUUUCGGCGACACGGCCAAUUACUGCCCGGUCGCGUUGAUGAGGUACAACGUGUUCUGGAGAGGGAAGGAAGAGUUCGCCGCCAUUUUCAUGGACAAGAUAUACCACUGCUCCAACGACCGAGCCCUCGAGGAAUUCUUGCGCGACCCGGCGAGACUCAAUCUCCCCUUGAGGAAACCGUUGCCCACCCUGCCACCCCUCCGCGUGAGCGUGAUCGGCCCAACCGGGAGCGGGAGGAGCACGUUGUCGGACGCGUUGUCGCGUGAGUGCGGCCUCGUUCACGUGGAUUACCUCAACUGCUUCGCCGCCUAUAUGAGGUCGCGCGCGAUGCCACCCAUCACCGACAAACACGCGAUAAUCGUGACGAACAGGGGAGAAGGUCUGCUGGAACCGGUCGAGCUGCCCGACGAUCUCGACGACGAGAGGUACAACAGCGACCCGAGGACCGUGCAAACGUUCGUCCGCCGUUACUGGAGCGAGGGUGGCCACCUGCCGUCCAGGAUGCGCAAGGAGUGCCUGUUGGAUUACUUCAACGGGCUGUUCAACCGAACUGGACUGGUGCUCGACCAAUUUCCAAGCUGCCCCGAAGACGUGGAGACCGCGUUGAGGGAUUACGCGGUGCCCGAGAUAGUGUUGGAGCUUCGCUGCGGCAAGGAGACGGCUACCGAGAGGAUGAUGGGCAACCUGUUCUCGUUGUGGGAGAAGAACUUGGAGGCGGAGAAGGAGGCCGAGGGGGAGCGGUACGCGAUGGAGAUGAAGCAUUACGAGAGCAGGAGGGACGAUUGGAUCAGGGAGACGUUGGAGAGGGAGGCCGGGUUAUUCGAUCCACGGGAGGUGGAGGAGGAGGAGGAGGAGGAGGAGAUCGAAUCGAGGAGGUACGAGUUGGAGGAGAUGUGGUAUCAGGAGAAUCCCGAGCCUGUGUUGUUCACCGAGUGGGAGGAUUUCGAGACGGCGAGAAUGAGGAUCGAGGAAGAGUUUUCGAGGAGGUACGACAACGAGGCCGAGAGGGUGAGCGCCGUGAGGGAGAGUUUGGCCAACGAGUCGAUACCGUACGCGGUGAUCGACGGUGAGAAGAGUCCCAGGGACGUUUUCCUCCAAGCGAUGCUCGUCGUCGAGCCGUACGCCCGCCGCACCUCGUCCACCCUCGAGCAGAUAUCCACCGUGGACAGCGAAACGGCCGACAAUCUCCUCGACUGCGGCUACUAUUUCCUCAGCUCGUUCGGCCGUUGGUGCCCGGUCCAGUUGCGCCGCGGCGAGAUCCCCCUCCAAAUGUUCCUCCCGUUGGAGAUCAGGGAGGACGUGUACCCGGUCAUCCACCGCCAAUACGUGUACUUCCUCGGCGGCAAGGAAGCGCAGGAGGAAUUCGUCAAGGAUCCGUACAAGUAUCUCGAGCAAGACUCUUGCGCGCCGGUCAUCCAGUUUCGAAUCUCCGUGAUCGGGCCGCCUAAGUGCGGCAAGACCACCCUCGCCGAACGAUUCGCCAAGAAGUACAAGCUGAAGGUGAUCACCCGCGGCUCGGCCCUGCGCUACAUCCUCAAAUACUUCCCCUGGGUGGAAUCGGCCGAGUCGGUCGAGUCCCAGCUACGCAUGGGCCGGCUAGCCCCCAUGGAGCAGAUGAAACGAGCCAUCGAGAUGUACUCCAUCGAUCCGAGCAUAAUCUCCCAGGGUUACGUACUGGACGGUUUCCCGAUCAGUCAAAAGGAAUACGAACAACUCACUUAUCUCGGCAUGCAACCGAUGGUAAUCCUCGAUCUGAGAUCCGACCUAGCCUUCUCCGUCGAAUGCUUGUCGCGGAUCGGGGACGACGACGUGGUGACGAAACCGCCCACGUUUUCCAGCAGAUUUUUGGCCCACCUUUACGACGUGUGGCGGAUCGAUCAGGCCGAUUAUCGCCGCUGGUUGAGAAGUUUCAAUCAGAACGUGGUCGAGCUGGACGCGACCAGGUGCAUGUGGCACGUGUGGACCCGUGCCGAGCAGAGCGUGUGCUCGAUAUACCUCGGGAUCAGGAAGUAUUUCCGCGAAUGCGACUACGAGAAGGUCCACUGUUUGAGAUACAUGAGCGUGUCCCCGUACGAGUUCAGGAGCAGGCAAAGCUCCAGUUUCCAGUCGUAUUGUCCCGUGUGCUUGUACCGCGAGGACGCGAUGACGAGGAGCGACCCUGUACCCGAUCGUCGAGGAACGGUUCAAUUCAGGGAACACUUGUACUGGAUCUGUCCAAGCCACAUGGACGAGUUCGUGCAGGAUCCGGAGGGAUUCCUUCCACCGGCAAACGCCAAGCGUCUCCCGGACGAGCGUCCACGAGUGUUGACGGAGACGAUCGAUCUGGAGCAUCCGUGUUGGGUGAAACGGUUGCGGGUGAAAGGGUUGUGCUCGGUCACGUACGUGGACCAUCUGCCCGACCGGAAAAUCGUGCGCGGAAGAUUGGACGUGGGCGUGUUGUACAGGGACAACGUGUACCUGUUCUGCUCGAGCGAGUGCCGCGACAAAUUCAUGGAGAGGCCCGAAAGGUACGCGGACUUCGUCAUCAACUUCACCCGCACUUUGGCGCCGAUCGACCCGAGGACGUUGCCGAACCUCGGCUACCUGGAACAGACGGUCGCUUCUCGCGUACCCGUCCCUGACGCAAGAUUCGAUUAUCUCUGCGACUAUUUCAAACCGGCCAGCAAAGUUCCCGCUUUCUUGAACGUCGUGGACAUCGCUGGAUUGGUCAAGGGCGCGGCGGAGGGGCAAGGAUUGGGCAACAGUUUCCUCUCGCACAUCAACGCUUGCGACGGAAUUUUCCAUCUUUGUCGGGCGUUCGAUGACGACGACGUUACUCACGUGGAGGGGGACGUGAACCCCGUGAGGGACCUCGAGAUCAUCAGCGAGGAGUUACGGUUGAAGGACAUCGAAUUCUUGAACGGCCAUCUCGAGAAAUUGGAGAAACUUGUUGUUCGAGGAAACGACAAGAAGCUCAAGCCUGAAUACGAUACGUUGUUGAAAGUGAAAGGUGUGAUGGUGGAUGAAAAGAGGCACAUCAGAUUUGCCGAUUGGAGCGCCACCGAUAUCGAGGUUCUGAACAAGUAUUUAUUCCUCACUUCGAAGCCGGUUAUUUAUUUGAUCAACCUGUCCGAAAAGGAUUACGUGCGUAAAAAGAACAAAUGGUUAAUCAAAAUCAAGGAAUGGGUCGACAAGAACGAUCCUGGGGCUAUCCUGAUCCCGUUCAGCGGCGCGUUUGAAAAUAAACUGCUCGACAUGAACGAGGCGGAACGCGGGAAAUAUUUGGAAGAGGGAAAGGUUACGAGCGCCCUCGACAAGAUCAUCGUUCAAGGAUACAAGGCGUUGCAAUUGCAAUACUUCUUCACGGCAGGCCACGACGAAGUCAAGGCGUGGACGAUCCAGAGGGGUACGAAAGCGCCGCAGGCAGCGGGAAAGAUUCACACGGAUUUUGAGAAAGGAUUUAUCAUGGCCGAGGUUAUGAAAUUUGACGAUUUUAAAAACGAGGGAUCGGAAGCCGCUGUAAAGGCUGCCGGGAAAUACAGACAGCAAGGACGCAAUUACGUCGUCGAGGACGGAGAUAUAAUUUUCUUCAAGUUUAACGCUGGGGCUGGAUUAAAGGACGCGAAGAAAAAGUGAUGGCACGUUUGGCUCAUGUUGCUGCUCGUUCAUUUGUACAUCAACAUGAUUGCCAUGUUUUGCUGCACGCGCGAUAUGCGUAUAAAAUGGUCGAAAUCACUAUCCGACACCCCUUAAUUUUAUUUUUCGUUCGAUUUGAAAUCAUGCAUCACCCUCUACACCAUCGAUUGAUAACGAUAGCUGACAUUUUUAUAUAACAACAUUUCGAAUUUUACUCGAAUAAAUGGUAUUUUUAUAUGUUCUAUUAAGCUACAAAAAAUAUAUAUAUAAAUAUAUAUAUAUAUAUAUAUACGUCCUUUUGCUUGUAGUAACGUAAAGAAGUUAUUAAUUCUGUCUGUUCUGUCGUAUCAAUGCUGGUAAUUAUUCAUUUUUCUUUUUUUUUUUUUUUUCUUUUAUUUCAUACGAUAGUUGUGAUAUUGAAAAAUCUUGCAUUUUUUGAAGAAAGUGUAAAUAAAUAAUAAGAGCUUCGUUACAUGAUAUCCCGCUAAUAUUAUAUAAACAACCGGUAAACAGGAAAUAAUCAUUGUGCGUUUUCUAAUGUUUCCUUGUACAUUUUCGUAUUUAUUCUAAAUACAUUUCGUUGAAAUAUUUAGUAAAAAAAAAAAAAUUCAUCCUCGGUGAUAUAAUGAGGCCGAGUUUAAAAAAGAUUGCUAUAUACAUUUAAAUACAAUAUUAAAGAUAACCUGGAUUAGAUAUUAUAAGAUGUUUUAUGUUAAGUAUCAAAGUAUAAUAAAUUGAACAUCGAUACUCGAAA